UCUUAAGAAAUAUUAAGUUAGAUAGUUAAGUUGGGGAUUCAUAAUUUAACAAAUUGUUUACCACCCAUUUCUUUCUCAAUAAAAAACACUGCAUCGCCAUUGCCGUCGUUCACAAACGGCAUUUCUCUUUCCGCUUCUGCUUUGAAGUUAUACAAAAUGAUGACCGCAAUGACAGCAAGUGUUAGAAGCCUAGCACAUGUACCGAGAUCUCGACUUAUAUAUCAAACUGCGGUCCGGUGGAGGUCUUCAACACCUUUAAAUACAGUUAUGUUGUUUGUACCACAACAAGAAGCAUGGGUUGUUGAACGCAUGGGGAAAUUCCAUAAAAUCCUCAAGCCCGGGCUUAAUUUUCUUAUACCAAUUUUGGAUAAUAUAAAAUAUGUUCAGAGUUUGAAAGAAAUUGCAAUUGAUGUCCCACAGCAAUCUGCUAUUACCUUAGACAAUGUAACUUUAAGCAUUGAUGGUGUGCUUUACCUCAGAAUUGUUGACCCCUACAAGGCAAGCUAUGGUGUUGAAGAUGCAGAAUUUGCCAUAACCCAAUUGGCCCAGACAACUAUGAGAUCUGAACUGGGCAAAAUCCAUUUGGAUAGUGUGUUUCGGGAAAGAGAAAAUCUCAAUCUGGGAAUUGUUGAAGCAAUCAAUAAAGCAUCAGAAGCAUGGGGAAUAGCUUGUCUACGUUACGAAAUUCGUGAUAUCAAACUUCCCGCACGUGUCCAAGAAGCUAUGCAGAUGCAAGUUGAAGCAGAAAGAAAGAAAAGGGCCGCUAUUCUGGAAUCAGAAGGUAUCCGUGAGGCAGAUAUCAAUGUAGCAGAAGGGAAAAAGCGAUCUAAAAUCCUCGCCUCAGAGGGAGAUCAGCAGGAACAAAUCAAUCAAGCGCAGGGUGAGGCACAGGGACUAUUGUCCCGUGCCCAGGCGAGAGCUAAGAGUUUGGAGCUCUUGUCUGCAGCGCUUGAGAAUAAGAAUGGUAUGAAUGCAGCAUCGUUGAACGUGGCUGAACUUUACGUUGCUGCUUUUCAGCAAUUAGCAAAAACAAACAACACUCUGAUCUUACCUGCCACCUGUAAUGAUGUCACCCAAAUGGUCGGACAGGCUAUGACCAUGUACAAAACUUUGGCCCGGAAAUCAGAUGACUCCAACACCACACCUGGUCAUGGUAUAUCGAAACCAGAUGGACGCACUGUCGAUCAACUUGCGGAAUACUACAGCGACGAUGAUGAUAAGCCUAAACAUUGAUUCCUUUUGCAGCAGAACCGACUAAUACAACCAAAAAUUCAGUAUCAA